AUGAAAGUGAAAAGGAAAGUGAAGAUGAAGAAACACAAGAAAAGUACAAUUAUGAAGAUGAGGAAGGCCUUGUCUGCACCAAAUACUGCAUCAACAUCUGCAUCAAAUAAAGCAACAUCAUCUGCAUCAAAGAAAGCAACAUCAUCUGCAUCAAAGAAAUCAGCUGAGGUACCACCAUUGUCAAAAGGAAAAACUGCAUCAACAUCUACAUCAAAGAAAUCAACAACAUCCUCCUCCACUGCAACCAAAAGAAAGGUAACACAUCCAUCUACUUCUUCUACACCUUCAUCUGCCUGUUUUAACCAGACUUAUCAUGGUACUGUUAAUAUUUCUAGCCAAACAAUCAACAUUUCUGAGCCACCAUCAAAAAGGGUUAGAAAGCCUAACUCCAAAUAUCAGUAA